ACUAUGUUCUUUUGCAAAAUACCAUUUUCGUAGGACUCACUAACCCCAAACGUCCAGCUGACGAACAGCUGUAUCAAGGCAACAAAAUUUGAAUUGCUCAACACUGUUGACAUUGUUGCGCGAUGUUUCCAAAAUAAAAAACUCGAGUAUCAAAUGGAAGGCAACAAAGUAAAAAGAUUAUGUAUGGCAAUAAACUGUCAUGCAAGUGGCUUGCAAGAUUUUGACAACUUAUAUAGAUUUCCCAAAAAUGCAGAGCUCAAGCAAAAGUGGCUAGAAAAUCUAGGUCUUACAAGCGAUCGAAUGCUGCCGUCGUCCCGAUCCCUAAUAUGUCAACGACACUUCACUGCAGCUUGCCGAGGAAAGAAAAGGAUAUUUUCCUGGGCGGUGCCAACACUAAAUUUGGGCACAGAUUCAACUAAAAAACUACAUCAACCAAUAAAGCCACGAGAAUUAAUGCGGAAAUGUUGUGCUAGCAACUGCAAUUCAAAACCUCCAGAAAUGUUGCAUGCGUUUCCCAUGAAAACGGACAAACGACGCUUCUGGUUAAAGCUCUGCGGAUUGAAUGACAUGAGAAAAAAGUACUACAUAUGCCAAAAACACUUUUCAGCUCGUUUCUUGCAUGGCGAUAAACUAUUAUCAGAUUCAUAUCCCGACUCAAACCUUGAAGGUACUGAUCAACAGGCGUUAAAUGUAGAGACAAUUGAUAUAGAAGAGCAUAAAUAUGAAGAUGAUGCCGAUGACUCACCGGACAUGUACACCAAAUUCAGUGUUGCCGACAAAGAUUCAGUUGAUCAGCCAUGCGAAAGAAGCUGCUUAAAUUGUGUGAAUAACAGGAACAGGAGUGUUGAAAUGCAGAAUGAAAUGGAUGCAAUGAGAAAAAAGAUAAAACUGCUGGAGAAACUGCUUGACCAGAAGAACGAUAGCGAGGAAGAGGAGUACAUAUGGAUGCUGCUCAAAUGAAUAUAAACACGAGCCACGUUUGGCAUUCACCAUUUUAUUCAUCUUAUUGCAUCUGGAGCUCAAUCUGCAAGAGGCGCUGAUUUGUGGGACAAUACGGCAUGGUAGCAGACAUAUUGGUAAUCGCCUUGGCACGCUCACGCAGCUCAUCCAGUUGCUGCAUUUGGGCUGCACCGCCCGGAGCCGCUGACUUCGCCUGUUUGUAUUGUAUGAGUACCAAGUCCAUUGCUGCCACCAUGACAUCGGGUAUGACUUUGACGAUAUCACCACUUAGUUGCUUUACAGUUGACAAGCACACGUCCACAUCCUUAGGGGUGUUGGGUAUAAUGUUUGGUAUGCCCUCCAGCUGCUUUAGCGCCGCACAAUGCUUUCCAUCGUGAUAGUCGUCAAAGAACUUAAGCAAAUCACGUAACAAUGUGAAGAUCACAUGCACUUUAGGCUCAAUAUCCGAGGAGCCGGCAGCCGUUAGCUGGGUGCUAAAACGCCUGACUUCCAGACUAAGUCGUGCCCGUAAUGUGCCCUCCGCUGGACGCUGCUGCACCACCUGAGCCAGCAGUAUCGAAGUGUACUUUAAGGCCAGAUUAAGAUUUCCAGCAAUGUCAUAGAGGCGUAUCGCCAUCUCAAAGUUUCCGCGCGCCACCAUUUCAUCAGCCACCAGGCCAGCCAUUGUGUGUGAAUUAAACUCUGUGCAGCUAAACUGUCCAAAGAGGCCUCUGUGGACGAAAGAAGAGAAUUAUAAAUCCAAGGAUUUUCUUGCGAACCCAACUGUUAUAUUACUGCUAAUCUAUACUGAGUGUAUUUAAUUAAAUGUAUUAAUAAAUUCAAUUAAUAUUUUUCUUUUUAAAA